AUGCAGCAUCUCCAUGAAUUUGGUUUGCAUAUCGCACCCCACGUGACAAAAGAUAUCAAGCCUCUUGUUCACCAGUCGUACUUUUAAUUCACCCUCAGUAUUAAGAAACAGAUUUUUUUUUAAAAAAAAUAAAAACUGAGCACAAAAGAAAAUCAGUCAAAAUGCUGAGGCGCGCCCCGACAGUCAUCUCCAUAACGGCAGAAGACGUAGCCGCAUACGAGGAUCGGCAGGAACACCUGCGCCAGAGGCGGCGGCAGGGAUCCCGCGCCGCGCCGGUCCUCAAGACGGCAACGGCAACAACAAUAACAACCACAACGCCUCAGCAGCGCCAACAAUAUAUCCAACAGCAGCAGCAACAACAACACCCCUACACAGAUGAUCACCCAAACCAAUAUGCCUCAGAAGACGAGGACAUGGACGAUAUUGUCGGCAACGACGACGAUGUUGAUGAAGAAGAUGACACAGCCCCGCCGCCACCACCACCCCACGCCCGCCAGCCGCGACAGCCGAGGAUGCUAUCGCAGGAGCAGCGGGGAGGUGCGCACCGUGGAGGGGCAGUAGGAGCCGCAGCGGCGACGACGCCGACGCCAUCGCAUCAGGCUGGCGGCGGGAGGGGGAGCAGUGCACAGCAGCCACCCGCCGCUCCCGGCGGGAGGGUGACGAGGAGUCGGGAGGAGAGGAUCGGCGUAGGGGCUUCGCGGAGGCGAUGAGAGAAAAAAGUAGCAGGCGACGAGAAAUUGGGCUGUUGUCUAUAGGGCGGGGUGGAAAUUCAAAAAAAAAAAAAAAAAAAAAAA